CCGUCUCUUCUCACAUUACUAACCUAUCUAUUAUGAAUGCUGCUGCCAGACUCAUCCACCUUACUAACCGUUCUGUAUCUGCCACCCCUCUCUGCCAAUCCCUCCACUGGUCUCCAUUCAGUGUCCUCCAUCCCUCUCUGCCAAUCCCUCCACUGACCUCCAUUCAGUGUCCCCCACCCCUCUCUGCCAAUCCCUCCACUGGUCUCCAUUCAGUGUCCUCCACCCCUCUCUUCCAAUCCCUGCACUGACCUCCAUUCAGUGUCCUCCACCCCUCUCUGCCAAUCCCUGCACUGACCUCCACUCAGUGUCCUCCACCCCCUCUCUGCCAAUCCUUCCACUGACCUACACUCA